UUUCAAUGUUUCUCACAAUGCAGUUUAUUCAAUCACUUAUAGCCGUGGCUCUCCUCAUUGUCCCCAGAUCUUCCUUCUCAGAGGCCAGUCCUCUCAGCCUUGUACCUGAAAAGGGCAUCCCAACGAAGGUCAUAGCGGGUGUAACAGUGCCGGAUACACCCAUUGUCCAAGCCGCCCUAGCCUUUGCCCGGGCCCAUGCCGACAACAUGACCUUUAACCACGUGAUGCGCUCAUGGCUCUUCGGCACCAUCAUUAUCAACACAAACACGACUCUCCGAAAGGCCAUUGACCCAGAAACCCACGCCGUCGCCGCCAUUCUGCACGAUCUCGGCUGGGAUAACACCGGCGCGCUCAUCUCAUCAGACAAACGCUUCGAGGUCGAUGGCGCUAUCGCAGCUUGGGACUUUAUCGAAGCAGAGAUGAAGAAUGGCACCGCACAUGGCUGGGAUGAGAACCGCAAACAGCUUGUUUGGGAUGCGAUUGCUCUACAUACCACACCAACCAUUUCUGCGUAUAAACAGCCUGUUGUUGCGGCGACGGGAGCUGGUAUCUUGUCCGACAUCCAGGGCCCGAAUAGCGAUUCAACGCACACCCUGACUUGGGAGGAGUACGAUAGGGUCAAGAGUGAGUUUCCAAGACUCGAUUUCGGACCGGGGGCUAGUAAGAUCAUAUGCGGAUUUGCGAGGUCAAAACCUGCAACUACGUAUGAUACUUGGAUGCAGCUUUUUGGAGAUCGGUAUGUGGAGGGAUACACACAGCAUGCAAAGGGGAAAUUGGCUAUUGAUAUUCUCAAGGCAGCACUUCCAAAUUAA